AUGAGUAGACCAGGGUGGCACCAAGGUGGCACUGAAGUUGAGAGGCUCAAGGCCGAUGGCGAGUCUGGGGGGGGGCAAAUUCGAGACAGUGGGCAGUGGGAAGAGGGCAUUCAGGGCCUCCACCAGAUGCAGAAGAGUUUUGUCUUCACUCCUGGUGCAGUAGAGACCAGAUGCGUACCCGCCAGGGCAGCCGAGUGCCGGGGCGCGGCGGCGGCACCCAUUCACAGUAGGCACAAGCACAAGACGGAGGCGGCGAGGAGGAAAGGCUGGGUUGAGCGAGGAUGCCAGGUUGGGACGAGGAUGCAAGAGCUAGAAUGGUAGAUCGAGCCCUCAUUGCUCCGAUUUCCAAGUCGUUGGAGAAGCAUAGAGAUCAGAGACCAUCGGACCCAGAAAAAGCCAAAAGCAGGGACCUCCUCUAACGGGCUCAACUAGCGCCUCGGUGCACCAGUUGAUGGUGUGGACCUCUAAUUCGUUCACCCCUUUCUUUAAUGGCCA